AUGGCUAAAUCACUACGUGCCAAGUCACAGCUGAAGGCGAAGUCCGUGAAGCGUAAGAAUGAGUUUCAGAAGGCCGCUGACGCGCGCAGCCAGAGACUCGCAGACAAAAUGAAAGAAGACCUGAUAAGACAGCAAAUCGAAGAGCUGAAGAGCAAGAAUAGCGAGCUGAAGGACGAGGACGCCAAGUUGGCACUACAAGACGAGGCCAUGGACCAGGACGCCAAGAAGGUGAGCACGUCCGGGUGGAGAGACGCGAGACACCACAACUACAAGCGCAACAAGAAGCUCAACAAGAGCCGCAAGAAGGGCUCCUUCACCAAGUUUUGA